CAUCAGAAGACCCGCGUUCCAACAUAAAAUGGGACAUGUUCCAUUGCUUUCUCCUACGUGAAUUCGUCUUGUUCUCACCCACCUCAACUCACCUUCUGCAUCAACGCACUCUCAGAAAAUGUCGAACAUCCUUGUCAUUGGAGCUACUGGUUUCAUUGGUCUCCCAGUAGCGUUGGCAUUGCGGCGCUCUGGCUACCAUGUAUACGGUCUGACAAGGUCAUCCGAAAAGGCGCGCCUGCUGGCCAGGAGUGAGAUACUGCCGGUCAUAGGCGAGGUCAAGGAUCUCUCCAAAAUUGUGCCGCCCAAUAUUGAAGUAAUCAUUGACGUCAGCGCUGCAUAUUACGAUGUUGCGACAAUCUUGGAGGAGGUCAAGACAAUUGGUUCUGGAAGGAAAGCGACUGACCCAAAGUUGAGCUUUAUCUAUACUAGUGGAACUUGGAAUUAUGGUACCAGUUCCGAGUAUUUCAGCGAAUCUACCCCACUUGGUCGUGUCGCUCCGCCCCCCGACAUGAUCGCUUGGCGUCCAGAUUUUGAAAGAAAGAUAUUGGAAAGCCGCGAUAUACUCGACGUUGCUAUUGUCCGUCCAUCGAUGCUGUAUGGCGGGAAUGGUAGCAUCUGGUCCGUAUUCUUUGAUCCAAUUAUCCGCGCCAAGAAGGCGGGCAGUAAUAUUGCCACGGUUCUUGGUGCGGCUGACUUGAAAGUCACCUCGAUCCACAAGGACGAUUUGGCAGAUUUAUAUGUCAAAAUUGUUGAAAAGUUGCCGUUCGUAGCUGCAACAACCUAUCCAGUUAUCAAUGGCAUUGCAACGAAGGAAUCUCUCGGCAACAUUCUGUCGGCCUUUGCCAAAGAAGUUGGGUUCAGCGGGACCUUUGAAUUUAAGCAACCAGAAGAUGUCCUGCAAAAGGCAAUUGUGACCACGUCAAACGCCAGCAACGAUAAAGCGAAGGCUCUUUUGGGAUGGUAUCCAAAGCAAGAAGGGGUCGAGCAAGGGAUGAAAAGUUGGGCGGCUGCGUAUUUAGCUUGGGCAGACUAGGCUUACUAGGACUAUUGUGAUAACUGUCGGGGUUCAUGGGGUAUAUACGUAACAUCCAUCCAUAUACAUGUCUUAACUUUUCUCUCAUA